GAGAGAGAGAGACAGAGAGAAAUAUAUAGAAAUAUCAAUUUUGAGAAAAAAGAAAAAAAAGCAAUAACAUCUACAAGUGAAACUAUGUCGCAAGAUUCAGUCCGAAAAAUUACAAAAUCUAAUGUGGCUAAGGCUAGACAACUUGUAAUGAAACAUAAUACGGAAAGAAAAAGAAGAAAUGUGGAAGAAGUCACAAAUAAUUGUAAAGUUACUUGUUAUUGUAAGAGAUUUCAAGGUAGUAAGAGAAGUAGGACAGCACUUGUAGGAUUUUCAAAGAAUUUAGCAUUGUUAGAGAUGCAAUCUUAUAUCGCCCGUCAAGAUUGGAAGCAUGCAUUAAAUUUAUUUCCUAGACUUCUCGAAUGUCCUAUUGAAUUGGAACCUUUAAUAUGGAGAUACGCAUUUAUAAUUUUAUUGCAUACGAAUGAUCCAUUACAUCUCCAUCAAUUUUUCAGUCAGUGUAUUGGUAGUCACAGUUCAAAUAACAGCAUUUUAUUAGAAAAGUUAUUGUUAUUACCUCUAGAAGAUGAUAAUUCAAGGUAGUCUGUUACAUUAUAUUGGCAUAUUUGUGUUAAGUCAAUAUACAGUAUUUGUCAGACACAAAUCUUUGUACAAUUGCAUUACACCUGAUUAUACUAUAUGCUGUACUAUAAGCUCCUCAUAUGUUCUUUAAUAGUGCCUCGAGCAAUUAUUUUUAUACAUAAUUAUAACUAU